AUGAACUCAAACGUUGAGGAGAUGGGUGCUUUGGAUUCUUUCUAUGAUCUUCUCCGCUUCCUUCUCAACCAUAGUAACAAAAAGCUCACAGAGACGGAUGAAAUUUCAAGGGUCACGGAAGCACGAUUCAUUCCAAGAAAUCCAGUCACUAGUCUCGCCUCCCUCCCUAUCUGUUGUUAUUAUACAUAUGAGAAUUGCUUCGACAAUAACUGGAUAAGAGUCGUAUCUGACAUUAUUCGCUAUUCUUCCGGUGAGGUUAUCGGGUGGUGGUUGAAGGAUGUCUUAAGCAGUAUUCGUAAUAGGUGGGAAAAUCUGUCUGUUGGUGGGUUUUCUGUUUCAUAUGCUAAUGAGGAUGGAUAUUGUGCUCUUCAUAAUGAAUCUGAUUUUGAGAACAUGCUUUUCUUAUUUAGUAAUUGUGAUCGCAUAAACGCGAAGGUUGAUGAGAAUAAACAUAGUAGCAGGUUAAUUGUUGGUAGUACUAUUAAUGAAGUAGGUGAUGUUGAUGAAGUGGGUGAUGUUGAUGAAGUGGGUGAUGAUGAGUUAGAAUAUGUGGAUAGAAUGGACCCCGUGGAAAAGUAUUGUAAACAUGCUGAGCCUAGGUAUUUGACUGAAGCUUGGGCUCAUUUGAUAGAGGGUGUUGGACAAGAAUUUCCCUUAGGUGUGAAGGAGUUCAGGCAGGAUCUGGCUAAAUAUGCGAUUGAGAAUGGCUUUAUGUACCGUUUGGUGAAAAAUGACAAUAUUAGGGUGACAGCUUAUAAGCGUGUGUCAUCCCGUCUGGUUGCGAAUGAGAUAGCUGGGAUUGUUGAGAAAAAACCCAAGACUUCACCUAUCGACAUGAUAGAUAUGUUUACGGACAAGUAUGGUCUUGAUCUGUGCUAUCAUAGUGCUUGGUUAGGUGUUGAAAAGGCAAAGGGGGGAUUAUAUGGAGAUUAUGAAGGUUCAUUCGAUAGGCUUCGGUGGUACGUUGAAGCUGCAAGGGCUACGAAUCCGGGGAUCGUUUUGAGGCUUGAAUCUGAUCCUGUAACCAAGGAGUUUUCGCGACUGUUUGUGUCGUUUGACUCUUGUAUCAAGGGGUUCAACUACUGUCGGCCUUUUAUGUGUCUUGAUGCGACCCAUCUGAAAGGUAGAUUCAAAGGAUCACUCCUUGCCGCAACAGGGAAAGAUGCAAAUCAAUGUCUAUUCCCUGUAGCUUAUGCAAUUUGUGAUGCUGAAAAUGAAGCUAAUUGGACUUGGUUUCUUGGCCUUCUAAGGAGUACAUUGUCCACUCGUCCUAUAACCUUUAUUACUGAUCGUAACGCAGGUCUUGUCAACAACAUUCCUGUUAUGUUCCCCAGUUGUUAUCAUGCAUAUUGUCUCUAUCACAUACAGUUUAACUUGAAGGAUCACUUUCCGGGACGGUUUAGAAAAGGUUUUCGGAACAGGCUCAUUGAAUUGUUCAACAAAUGUGCAUAUGCUUCAUCGGUGUCGGUUUACAAAGCUGCUGAGGAAGAUUUUUACCAAUUUGGCGGAAAUAAAGCUAGGACCUUUAUUGCGAGUGUCCCCAAAGAGCAUUGGAGUAACGCCUAUUUCGAAGGUCAACGGUAUGGCGAGAUGAGUUCUAGUGCUGUGGAGUCUUUUAAUAAUUGGAUUCUUAAAGCUCGGGAAAUGCCUGUAUUUUAUUUAGUUGAUGAGCUUCGUCGCAAAAUUAUGAGGCAAAUGGCAGCUAGGAGAGCAAAGUCGAUGAAAUGGAAUUCAGUGAUUUGUCCGAAGAUGGAUAAGAAGUUAGCUCACUUUAUCAAGAAAGGAAGGUCAUGGAGGAUCAUUAUGUCAAAGGCUGGUUUGUACGAAGUACGCUGUCGUAUCCCGAAGGUAGUAUCUGUUGAGGAAAGGACAUGCUCUUGUGGUAAUUGGCAAUCUACCGGAUUCAUGUGUAGACAUGCUGCAACGGUUAUUAUAAAAGCUUGUGGAGGGGAAGGAAAUUUGGUGGACCACAUGGAUCCGUUAUACCUUGUUGAUGCGUAUCGGCGUACAUAUGAAGAACCCAUAUAUCCGGUUGUAGAGAGUGACAUUCCUGAUUUUACGAAGGAAGGUGACCGGGUUAUAAACCCUCCUCGGAAUAGGCGGCCAGCGGGUAGGCCCAAAGUUAAACGCAUUCGUUCAAGAGGUGAAGAGUCAUAUACCAGGCCUAAUAAAUGUGGGAGGUGUCACAAGGCCACAAAGCACAAUCGAAGAACAUGCAAAGAGCCAAGCGAUAUAUGAGGCAAAGAGGUCAAAUAUGAGAAUAAAGGAGAGAUUAGGAUGGAUAAUAGAAUAAAGU